AUGGAAGGAGCCGACGAGAGCGGCGGGACACGGGGGACGCGACCUGGCGAAGCGCCUGCACAAGAGGAGACAGUGCCGUCCUCUCCGUUGUCGCUUGCGCCGAAGGGCAGCGCCGAUGCGAACGUGGCUCAGGGAGAGAAGGAACGGGGACGUGGAGAUACUGCGGUGGGGACACUGCGGCUUUACGACAGCCGGGACGCGCUUUUCGCCGAAGAGACCACCGCGGCGCUCCCCCCCCCCCGCUGUACGACCGCCGGCGCCUCCGUGUCGCCUUCCUCAUGCGCGUCACCCUGCGCGGGUACGAGCGGAUCCUCGUGUUCUUCUUCGUCCCCUUUUUCCUCUCUUUCCUCUUCGUACUCUUCGGCUCUCGGUCAGGGUCGCGCGACGUUGCGUGAGAGUCUGACGGGCGCAGCUGCAGCGGCGGCGGCGUGGUCGCGCGGCGAGUAUCAGCAGGGCGCCCGCGGGGAGCCACGCCUGCUGUGUCAUCCGUUGAUCACCCGGUGCAUCUUUGGGCCGCUCGCGAAGGCGCGCUUCUACUUCAGGAUGCAUCCCUCCGAAGCUGCGGACGCCGUCGUCGUCCUUCGGCUCUCUGACUACCUCGUCUCCCCCGAGGACGCCGCGGCCGGAGGUGGGGCGGCUGAGGAGACCCAGGAGACAUGCGCCGCCGUGGACGUUUCCGCAGUCGAGCGGGAAGUCCUCGCGAUCUUCCGGCGCCGCCCGCAGGGCGUCAUCGUUCUCAACGACUUGCCUCUCUCAUGUAUGGCGCUUGUGCGAGACGAGGAGGGCGAAGAGGCCUCUGCCGGCGGAGACAGGAUCGCGGGCGGAGAGACGGGCGCGGCGGGGGGUCGUGGUGCGUCGGCGCGAAAAAACGCCCUCGUCCCGUUCACACGCGAGGUGUUUUCCGCGUCGUUCUUUGAGGAAAUUGCCGCGCCGCUCGGCGUGUCUUCUUCUCUCGCGUGGACGUCUUCUUCUGCCUCUCUGUACUCGGCGGGGAAGUCCAGGGCGAAGGUGAAGGCCAGCCCGAGCGCUCGGUCUGAGGCGCACCCUCCUGCGGCCUCCGCGUCGGCUGCCUCUCGCUCGGCAGCCGGGGCACUUCGCUGCGGGGAGCGGGGAGAAGGAAGCGAGAACAAAGGCGAAGCGAGUCUGUCGCUCGCCGCAGCUGCGCUGGCCGCGGCACGCGAGGUCGCUCGAGAGGACGCGGCGCGGCAGGACGGCGAGUUCGAGCGCGAAGAAGAGCGGCUGGCUAGAGUUGCCCAGAAGUGCAGUGUGCGCGCGUCGUUGCUGCGACAGAACUUCCUUUUUGAGGACGAAGAAGAAGAAGAGAACAGCGACGACUGGGUCGACACGCGGAGCGACCAAAGCAGCCCUCCGGUGCUCCUUGUCAUGCGACGCGGCACCGACCUCGCGCAGCUCGCGGAACUCGAAGGCAUUCGCUUCGCAUGCGUCACCCCCAUUCCACUCAGGCUAGGCGACCACAUCUACCGUGCGAUCAAGCCUCGAGGCAUCUUGUCGAUGGCGACUCACCACGGCAUCUACGCGGGUCACGGGCGAGUGUUCCAUUUAAGCGGCAACGAGCGACAAGGCGUGUGGGCUUUGCUCGCGAAUCAGCGAAGUGCGAAAGUUCGCGUGACUUCCAUCCGACGCUUCAUGGGGCGAGGCCGCUCAGCACUUCGCGUCAAACGCUACAAGGAAGAUCAGUGUGAUCAUCCGUUCACGGUGAUGCAGCGCGCGGAGGAGGCGUUUGUGGAGCAGUCGUUCCCUUCCUAUCACUUGCUCUUCAACAACUGUGAGCACUUUGCGGUCUUUUGCAAAACGGGGAAAGGCAAAAGUUCGCAGGUUCAGAAGGCGGCAGUCGCCGCCGUGGCGACCACAUCGGUUUUGGUGGGCGCGGGGGCCACUGCAGGCGCCACGGCGCUGGCAGCCGCGGUUCUGGAAAGCAGGCUCCGCCGGCUCUGA